CGAUAGAAAAAUGACAGACAGGUCGUGACCUAAUUGCACACGGAGAAAAAGAAGAAAGUCAUAGUGCGCUUACGUUUAUUAUGUUUUGGAAUUUUGACGAAAACUUCAAUAUACAGUUAUUGCAAGACUAUCUAAAUUUUUGAAGAAUAGACGCGUGAUUGGAAAGAUGCAAUAUGGAAUCGUUUUUGCAACUUUUUAAUCCACAAGAUGAUAAGGAUAUAAGGAAAAGGCAGUGGAAUAAUUUUGAAAAUAAUGGAAAUGGAUUGUCGGAUUGCGAGACUUCUAGUACUGACGAAGAUCAAGAGGACUGUCUGCCACCGGAGCCUGAACAAGGAAACAUAGAAUACAAAUUAAAAUUAAUAAAUCCAUCUAGUCAACGUUUUGAACAUCUUGUUACCCAGAUGAAAUGGAGGCUAAGAGAGGGACACGGAGAGGCAAUUUAUCAAAUUGGAGUGGAAGACAAUGGAAAAUUGGCAGGUUUAACAAAGGAGGAGAUGAAAGCGUCCCUGAAGACUCUAAAAGACAUGGCUUCCAGACUGGGUGCUACUAUAAGAAUAUUACGCGAGCGUGUAGCCACGAAUUCUACAAAUAAGACUUUGGCAUCUCAAAAUAGAAAUAAUAAUAUUAAUAAGGAGGAAAAGAAGGUUGCUGAAGUAUUAGUGAAAAAAUUGCGGAAGGACGACAGAGAGGAUAGUAUUGUAGAUCUGAGACUGGCCGUUAUUGGUGCACAAGAUGCUGGGAAAUCGACUCUCUUAGGAGUAUUGACGCAGGGUGAAUUGGACAAUGGUAGAGGUAGAGCGAGACUCAAUAUGUUGCGUCACCUGCACGAGAUAAAAACAGGCCGUACGUCAUCGAUAUCGCACGAAAUCAUCGGAUUCGAUAGUACAGGUCACAUCUUGAACUAUGCCGAAAUGGCCACAGCCGAAGAGAUAUGUGAGCAUGCCUCGAAAGUUGUUACAUUCAUCGAUUUAGCUGGACAUCGAAAAUACUUGAGGACGACGGUACUCGGGCUCACAGGAUAUUCGCCACAUCAUGUUAUGCUAGUUGUAGCACCACCUCUAAACGAAGCGUCGCAGGAACACAUGGCUCUCUGUUUAGCUUUAAAACUUCCAUUUUUCAUCGUUGUGAAUAAAAUCGAUUUAGGAUUUUGCGACAUGUCUGAGACUCUAGUACAACUUGAGGAUGCUAUGAUGACGCAGGGAUAUCCUAAGCAAUUAGUAUUGUUUAGCAAUAAUGAUAUAACGUCAUGGGACUAUACGUCCGAUGUGAUACCAGUAUUUAGUGUCAGUUGUGUUACUGGUGAGGGUCUUGAGGAAUUAACCGCGUUUAUAAAAAAUUUGGCACCUUACGAGAUGAAUUCAAUUGAUUCUGAUCCGGAAUCGUGUCUAUUUCAAAUUGAUGAAACGUUUAGGGUAGCAGGUUUGAAACAACCAGUUUUAGGAGGAUUACUCGUUAAAGGGGCGAUUGCACCGGGAACUCGUUUAUUAGUGGGACCUUUACCAGAUGGAGAAUUUAGUCCAGUGAGAGUAGUUAGUUUACAUCGUAAUAAAGCUCCGUGCUGUUUAGUUAGAGCGUCGCAAAGCGCCAGUUUGACAUUAGCGCCACCGACAAAUCGUAGUCCUCCCCUACCGCAUCUUCGCCCGGGAAUGGUUUUAGUCUCUCCACGUGAUCGACCGCAUGCGACACUUUUUUUUCAGGCAACAGUACUGAUAGUAUAUCAUGCCACCGCGAUAUUCUCCGGUUUUCAAACAACAGUACACGUAGGUAACGUGAGGCAAACUUGUGUCAUUGAAGGGAUAAUGGAUGUGAAAAAUAGGGGACUGCAGACAAACGACACCGCUUCUGUAUUAUUUAGAUUCGUUAGCCAUCCAGAAUAUCUUCAUGUUGGAAUGCAACUAUUGUUCAGAGAAGGACGUACUAAAGGAAUUGGCACAAUUACACAGAUCUUUCCCCUGAUUGGAUCACAGAAUUCAAUCAAGUAAAAGAAGUUACAUGGCGCGAUGUAAAAUAAUAUCCGAGAUGUGCAAUUUUCUAGUAUUUAUAUAUAUGUAACUUAUGAAAGAAAAAAGGGAAAAGUGCAUAAAUAUUUUAUAAAAGUAGAAUCACUGACAUUAUUGGUUUUCAAAUGAUCUUAGAUGACUAAUUGGUUAUAUGCUUCAUUAUAUAUUUCUCAAAACAGU